CGAAGGAAAGGGUGGGAAAAGCUUGGGCAAAGGUACUGCAUGCACUUGGUAUACCUGGUAGGAAAGUGGAUGACCCCUAUUUCAGGGCAGCCAUCAUAGAGACACAAAACCAAGGAGUUGGUGUCCAGCUGCCAACUGGCAAGGAGAUAGAUGGCAAGUACUUGGACGCUACUAUAACUGAGAUUGAAAAGGAGAUAGAGAAGUGGAAGGAAGAGUGGCCACAACAUGGUCUGACAAUUAUGUGUGAUUCUUGGACCGGUGUAAGUCGUAACAGUGUCGUCAACUUCUUAAUUUAUAGCAAUGGGAUGAUGUACUUUUGGAAGUCUGUCGAUGCUACUGGUGUGGUUCAAGACCAUGCAUUCUUGCUAACGGAGAUCAAAAAAAUUGUACGUGAUGUUGGGCCCGAAAAUGUUGUGCAGAUUGUCACAGAUAAUGGCUCAAACUUCAAGAAGGCAUGUGCGUUGUUGCAUGAGGAGUACAACCAUAUCGUGUGGCAGCCAUGUCUUGCACACACCAUCAACCUCAUGUUGAAGGAUAUAGGGAAAUGGCCUGAGCACGAUGCAAUGAUCAAAAGUGCCCAGAGGAUAUGCAGCUGGAUGUACAAUUCGAACAGUCUACAUGCCAUGAUGAGUAAAGCCAUAGGAGGUGAGUUGGUUAAAUGGAAUGCAACUAGAUUUGGCACCAAUUACAUGUUUCUAGAGGCCUUUUUGAGGAAGAAGGAUCAAUUCAUGGCAUGGAUGGUGUCUCCAGAAUUCAGAAAUUCACGCCAUUUCAAGUCACCUGAAGGUCAGUAUGCAUUUCGGUCUCUCACAGCACUUGACUGGUGGAAUGCCAUACAGAGUGUUAUUGAUGAUGUUGAGCCUCUAUACAUUUUUUUUAGAUUUGCUGAUCAUGACAAGACUCCAACUUUGGGAGAAGUGCUCAUGGAAUAUCAAAACACAAGGCAAACAUAUGUGCAAGCUGCUUGUACACUCCAUCCAUAUGUCAAUUAUGUAAGUGGAGUGACGGACGGUGUACUGGGAGAUAUGAAGAGGGGGAUGGAAAUGAUGUUUGACACAACCAGAGCGACCAAAGCACUUCAGGAGUAUGAGUACUUCAGGAGGAAGUAUGGAGAAUUUGGGAGCGACUUAGCUAUUAGGAUGGCAAUGGAUCGCUCCACCUCGCCAGCUAGUUGGUGGUCUAUGUUUGGAUCAGAUACACCAACACUUCAGAGGGCAGCGAUGCGUCUACUCUCACAAUGUGUGUCCUCAAGUGGAUGUGAAAGAAAUUAGAGUACGUUUGCCUUCAUCCAUACAAAGCUACGCAAUAGGAUGGGUCACAAGAAGCUCCACAAAUUGG